AUCCUCCUCUUAUUGGUCGUUGGCUCAAUGGUCGCCAGUUUUCAAGGAACGAUAAAUACUGAAUAAUACCGAGUUAAAUUAUCUCGGAUCCGUGAACAACCUGAGAGGAGAUCGCAUUCAAAUGUUCCCAAAUUAAUUUCUUAAAGAAUUUGAUGGCAACCUCCAUAUUAAGCCCAAGAACGAACGGAAUGUAGGCUUAAAGCAAGAAGUAGAUGUGAGGACUUUGAAGUGCAGCCUGCAGAUCUGAGAGCAGCAGAGACUGUUCAGUCAUUCCCAGAAGUCAAGCAAGAAAUGAAGAGAGGGACACUUGAUCAUCACCAAACCACAUAUAGAAGUGUAGCAGAAAGUGUCCAUUUAGUCCCAGAAGAUAUGAUCAAGCAAGUAGCAGAGAGAGGGGCAUUAAAUCCUCUCAGAACAAUGGAUAGGAGUGCAGCAGAAGGUUUUCAGUCAGUCCCAGAAGAUAUGAUCAAGCAAGUAGCAGAGAGAGGGGUAUUAAAUCCUCUCAGAACAACGGAUAGGAGCGCAGCAGGUGUUCAGUCAGUCCCAGAAGAUAUGAUCAAGCAAGUAGCAGAGAGAGGGCCCAGAGGGGCAUCAAAUCCUCUCAGAACAAUGGAUCAGAUUGCAGCAGAAGGUGUUCAGUCAGUCCCAGAAGAUAAUGUCAAGCAAGAAGUUCAGAGUAGGACCUUGAGUUCACUGCAUUCUAUAGAUAUGUGCAUAGAAACAACCCUAGGACAUACUAACAAGCAAGAAAUGGAAAGUAAGACCUCCAAAUCUUUGCGACAUACUGAACAGAGUGUAGAUGAAACUGCCCCAUCAGUCCCAGAACACAUGCAAAAAGCAGAGAGUUGGACCUUACAUACAUUGCCAACUCCAAAUAGGAGCUCAACAGAAACUAUUCAAUUUGUUGAAGGAGUUCUCAUCAAGCAAGAGGUUGAUAGCAAUGCCGUUCAUUACCUGUCACUCAUGAAUGAAUUCAUUCCGUCAGUCAUAGAAGUUCUCAUCAAGGAAGAACCAGAGGCCUUUUCAACCGUUGGAGAGGAAAUUAAUCAGUUAGCCCUCAAAACCAACAUCAAGCAAGAAUUUACAGAAGAAAGUGAAGAGGAAGGUGUUCCAUCAAGUCUAGAAGGUAGAAUCAAUCAUGAAGUGGAUAGUACAACCCAUAAUCCUGUGUCAAGUACUGAUGGAGACGAGGAAUCUGAACAACCUACAUCAGAAGGUGAUAUUGUUAACAACGAACAAGAGACGGUAGAACGUGGAGAGUCAAUCAACAGUGGAGGUAAAUCUCAUCUUUGCUCACAUUGCGGCAAGGUGUUUUCCACAAAAGAUCAACUCGACAUUCAUCUGAGGAUACAUUUUGGAGAAAAGCUACAUCAAUGUCCAUGUUGCAGUAAGAGAUCAUGUCAGGCCAGUCACCCCCUUCUCCACUUGAAAUCACAUGCAGGAGAAAAGCCAUAUGAAUGUUGCUAUUGUAAGAAAGGAUUUUUACGGAAAAAUGAUCUCAAUCGUCAUAUACUAACACAUACAGGAGAAAAGCCAUAUGAAUGUUGCUAUUGUAAGAAAGGAUUUUCUCGGAAAAGUACACUCAAUUGUCAUAUACUAGCACAUACAGGAGAAAAGCCAUAUGAAUGUUGCUAUUGUAAGAAAAGAUUUUCUAAGAAAAAUAAUCUUAAAUGUCAUCUCAGAACACAUACAGGAGAAAAGCCAUAUGAAUGUUCACACUGUAAUAAAGGGUUUUCUCAGAAAAGCUAUCUCACCCAGCACCUCCUAACACAUACAGGAGAAAUGCCAUAUGAGUGUUGCUAUUGUAAGAAAGGGUUUCCUAAGAAAAGUGCACUCAAUCGUCAUAUACUAACACACACAGGAGAAAAGCCGUAUGAAUGUUCACACUGCAAGAAAAGGUUUUCUAACAAAGGAAAUCUCAACCAACACCUCCUAACACACACAGGAGAAAAGCCAUAUGAAUGUUGCUAUUGUGAAAAAAGAUUUUCUCAGAAGAGCGUACUCAAUUGUCAUCUACUAGCACACAGAGGAGAAAAGCCAUAUGAAUGUUGCUAUUGUAAGAAAAGAUUUUCUAAGAAAAAUAAUCUUAAAUGUCAUCUCAGAACACAUACAGGAGAAAAGCCAUAUGAAUGUUCACACUGUAAUAGAAGGUUUACUCGGAAAAGCCAUCUCGCCCAGCACCUCCUAACACACACAGGAGAAAAGCCAUAUGAAUGUUCACACUGUAAGAAAGGAUUUUCUGAGAAAAGAAGUCUCACCCAGCACCUCCUAACACACACAGGAGAAAAGCCGUAUAUAUGUUGCUAUUGUAAGAGAGGAUUUUCACGGAAAAGUGCACUCAAUCAACAUAUACUAAUACAUACAGGAGAAAAGCCACAUGAAUGUUCUUACUGUAAGAAAGGAUUCUCUCGGAAAAGCCUCCUCAAUUGUCAUCUACUAACACAUGCAGGAGAAAAGCCAUAUGAAUGUUGCUAUUGUAAGAAAGGAUUUUUACGGAAAUAUGAUCUCAAUCGUCAUAUACUAACACAUACAGGAGAAAAGCCAUAUGAAUGUUGCUAUUGUAAGAAAGGAUUCUCUCAGAAAAGUGUACUCAAUCGUCAUAAACUAAUACAUACAGGAGAAAAGCCAUAUGAAUGUUGCUAUUGUAAGAAAGGAUUUUCACAAAAAAAUGAACUCAAUCUUCAUCUCCGAACACACACAGGAGUAAAGCCAUAUGAAUGUUGCUAUUGUAAGAAAGGAUUCUCUCAGAAAAGUGUACUCAAUCAACAUAUACUAAUACAUACAGGAGAAAAGCCAUAUGAAUGUUGCUAUUGUAAGAAAGGAUUUUCACAGAAAAGUGUACUCAAUCGUCAUAAACUAUCACAUACAGGAGAAAAGCCCCAUGAAUGUUCGCACUGUAAUAAAGGGUUUUCUGAGAAAAGAAGUCUCACCCAACACCUCCUAACACACACAGGAGAAAAGCCAUAUGAAUGUUCAAACUGUAAGAAAGGGUUUUCUGAGAAAAUAAGUCUCGCCCAACACCUCCUAACACACACAGGAGAAAAGCCAUAUGAAUGUUCAUAUUGCAAGAAAAGGUUUUCUAAGAAAAGCAAUCUCACCCAACACCUCCUAACACACACUGGAGAAAAGCCAUAUGAAUGUUCACACUGCACGAAAAGGUUUUCUCUGAAAAGUACUCUUAAACGUCAUCUCCGAACACACACAGGAGAAAAGCCAUAUGAAUGUUCAAACUGUAAGAAAGGGUUUUCUCAGAAAAGAAGUAUCACCCAACACCUCCUAACACACAGAGGAGAAAAGCCAUAUGAAUGUUCAAACUGUAAGAAAGGGUUUUCUGAGAAAAUAAGUCUCACCCAACACCUCCUAACACACAGAGGAGAAAAGCCAUAUGAAUGUUCAUACUGCAAGAAAAGGUUUUCUAAGAAAAGCAAUCUCACCCAACACCUCCUAACACACACUGGAGAAAAGCCAUAUGAAUGUUCACACUGCACGAAAAGGUUUUCUCUGAAAAGUACUCUUAAACGUCAUCUCCGAACACACACAGGAGAAAAGCCAUAUGAAUGUUCAAACUGUAAGAAAGGGUUUUCUCUGAAAAGAAGUAUCACCCAACACCUCCUAACACACACAGGAGAAAAGCCAUAUGAAUGUUCACACUGCAAGAAAAUGUUUUCUCUGAAAAGUACUCUUACCUGACACCUACAAACACACACAGGAGAAAAGCCAUAUGAAUGUUCACACUGCACGAAAAGGUUUUCUCUGAAAAGUACUCUUAAACGUCAUCUCCGAACACACAGAGGAGAAAAGCCAUAUGAAUGUUCAAACUGUAAGAAAGGGUUUUCUGAGAAAAGAAGUAUCACCCAACACCUAACACACACAGGAGAAAAGCCAUAUGAAUGUUCACACUGCAAUAAAGGGUAUUCUCAGAAAAUAAGUCUCACCGACACCUUCUAACACAAACAGGAGAAAAGCCAUAUGAAUGUUGCUAUUGUAAGAAAGGAUUUUCUCUGAAAAAUAAUCUUAAACGUCAUCUCCGAACACAUACAGGAGAAAAGCCAUAUUGUGCCUGCCCGGACUACGACGACAAACAAACGAAAGCUCGCACGUGUUCUCAUACUGGGUAAACAAUAGUCAAAACAGCUUUAUUGAAUCUAGUCUCUUCAUCAUGGUCAAAGCUGACUCUUUGGCUUGCUGAUUCACUUUGUUCCUUAGAUUCCCGUAAAAACUAUAAACAAACAAACAAAUGAACAAAAUCCAACAUAAGUAUAUCAUCAUAUCAAAGCAUGUUACAGUGCAACUGCAUUAUAACGAGGCACUUGGGACGAGAGAAGAUACAUUGUUAUAGGUAAAGUCUGCCACAUCAGUGCCUUUAAUAAUAAGGUUCCACUGUAUUAUGAGUCUAAACAUUAUACUAAGGUGAAUAACAAUUAACUUCAAUUUAAAGUAAUUGGACUUAAAUUAUCAUAAUAGCAAUACUGUCCAGUAUUUAAUACACUAAGUGUUGUGAAAAUUAGAAAUAAACUCUAAACUGAUAUCCUACAAAUAAGGAAUAUUUGUAAACGUAUUUAACUGUAUACAAUGGGUGUCGAAAACAGCUUAAAUAGACAAUGUAAUUGCAAAAAUGUUAUGUGAGCAAUAAAUGUAAUGUCAACCAUCUUAUAUCAA